GGCCGCUCUAUGGGGCUGGGCCUCGGGCACGGGCGCCGCGGGGCUCUGGGGGUCGCUGUGGGGCGGGGGCGGGGCUGGGGGCGGGGCUUGGCCUCUCCCGGGCCCUGCUGCCCGCGGCCGCGCUGCCAAUGGGGACGGCGCUGAGCUUCUUCUUCCUCCUCCUCCCCCCCCCUCCCCCCCCCCGCCCCACGGAGCCGCCCCCCCCCACCGCGGGGGUCACGUGGGGGGAGCGCUGGGGCGUGGUCAAGGGCGCGCUGCCGGAUGCGUUCCCAUUGGCUGUCGUUUACUUGGCGGAGUACUUCAUUAACCAGGGGGUGCUGGACCUCUUGUACUUCCCCACAUCCUCCCUGACCCACAACGAGCAGUACCGGUGGGCCCAGCUCCUUUACCAGGUCGGGGUCUUCGCCUCCCGCUCCGGCUUCCGCUUCCUCCGCCUGCGCCAGAUCUGGGGCCUGAUGGGGCUGCAGGUGCUGAACGCCGCUCUCCUAUUGGCUGCCGUCCUGGCGCCCUUCCUGCCCGCGGUGGGCGUGGCCUUCGCCCUCGUGCUGUGGGAGGGGCUUGUGGGGGGCGCGGCCUACGGGGGCGCCUUCCUAUUGGUGGGGCAGCGGGCGCCCCCUGGGGGGCGUGGCCUGGCCGUGGCCGUGACGUCACUGGGGCAGUCGCUGGGCGUGGCCUUGGCCGGGGUCGCGGCCAUGGGGCUGCACAAGGGGCUCUGUGCCCCAUAGCGGGACCCAUAGAGACCUCAUAGGG